CUACGUGGAAAGGAAGUAGCGAACGUGCUAAUGCUAGUCGGGCUACAAGUUGAGAGCGACCAAAACAAACGAUGACGGUCGAGCAAAGGAGCUUCAAACAGCUUGGAUUCACCAUGGGAAUACGUUCGCUUUGAUGGCUAUAGAGUUGUAGUCACUGUAUUAGAGAUGUCUGUGUUUCUACAUGACUGAAUCGUAGAGAAGUUAUGUGAUUUUCUUCAGCGCAGACUAGCCAGGGUGAGCUGUAACAGUAUCUGGAUGCUGUCCCUGUACACCAACGUUAUGCUUUUGGCUAACUUACAGCUUUGCUAACUAGCUAAGCCGUCGCUAGCUGUCCAGAAAGCUCUCUUGGACAGAAGGUUAUUUGACACUGCGGGAUGUUGUUUCGUUGAUAGCGAAACAUGCAAGGACAGUCAACGUAAUUGAGCUUUGUGUGGUAACGCCGUAUCCCCUUUAACAUCCGCGUAACAUUUUAUAAACUUGAUGAUAGCUAGCUAGCGUACUGGUCAAAAUGAGUUGGUUCAACGCAUCUCACCUGUCCAGCUUCGCUAAACAAGCUUUAACAUCAGCUCAGAAGUCAAUCGACCGAGUCCUGGACAUCAAAGAAGAGGACCAGUGGAGUGACACAGUUGUAAUGCCCUAUGAUGAUGUCACCUUACCUGGCAAGCUGUCAUUAAGUGGAGGUUGGGGUUUGACGCAGUGGGAAGCACCACCUGAAGAAAAGACCACCACUCCUCCUCCUUCCUCUGAGGCCAUUACUACUCCUGUCACCCGCACAGUUGUGGAUGAAUCCGAAAACUUUUUCAGUGCCUUUCUGCCACCUGGAGACGUACAAGGAGUGACCAAAUCCCAGGUCGUGUCUGUGCCCCCGGCAAAGUCUCAAAGGCGGCCUCAGGAGAAGGAAAAGAUAAACAGAGAGGAAGUGGUCCAAAAGGAAGCAGAGACCCUAAAGUCAGCACCUGCUGAUACAAUUCAUGAGAGUCAGAUGGUUGCUGAGAGCCAGCCAGCUGAGCUGGAGUCUUCACCGGCAGCUCCUUAUGCAGACACUAUCAUCCUGGAGCCAGUUUCUCCUGCCGAUUCUCCUUCCAGUGAUCUUCCUAAUAACUCUGACAACAAAAUAAGCAGUGUAAAACCAGAUGCUGGUUCCACAGAUACUGUGGACUCAAAAACAGAGGAGUCACAGACUCCAUCUGAGAACCAGGUUGAGCAGGAUACCACAGAUUCCUCUGAACAUACUGCAGUUACUUCAAAAUCCAAGAGCUCUACCCCUUCUGAUCAUUCGCCCUCCCCGUCCUCUAAGGAAGCACUCACAGAGCAUAAAGACUCAAAGGUAGAGGACCGUCAAAAUGAUACCCCCUCUCCUCCAGUCAGUGCUUUCUCCUCAGGAACCUCCACCACCAGUGACAUUGAAGUGCUGGACCAUGAGUCUGUUUUAAGUGAGAGCUCAGCUAGCUCCAGACAAGAAACAGGGGAGGGCAAGGCUGGUCUUCACCUGAUGCAGGGCUCCUUCCAGCUCCUCACAGCCUCCACUUGUGGAGACUUCCCACGUCUGGAGGACUAUUCUAAACUCACAGAGAGCUGCGGCUCCUCAUCGGAUGCAUUUGAGCGCAUAGAUUCAUUCAGUGUGCAGUCGCUGGACAGCCGGAGUGUCAGCGAGGUUAACUCGGAUGAUGACAUCCCCGGCAGUCGAACACUAGCAUCUGUCACCGCAGGCCCUGCUCCUUUAACUGUGUCAUCAGUGUGUCAGAAGCAGGAAGAUGGAGUGGUGGGGAAGGCUGGAGAGGAGGAGGAGGAGGAGGAGGAGGAGGAGGAAGGCUUUACUGAAACAAUGAGGGAGCAGUCGUUGGAUGAGAUGGAGGAGAGUGGACGAAGUGCGACGCCUGUUAAUAGCGAGCAGCCUGAGGAGCUGUCAGAGCAGGAACAGGGUUCUGAGGCUAACAUCACACUGUGUGACUCCGCCUCCAAAACUGAAGAACAAAUCACUCCACCAAUCACAGAAGAGAUGAAAGGUUUCUCAACAGUUCAGAUUUUGGAGCUUCAAAAGAUUAUUGAUGAGCUGUCAGGCCGCCUUGAGAAGAGAGAGUCUCAGCUGCUGACAGUCAGCAAAGACAAGGCCAGGCUGGAGGAGGAGUGUGACAAUCUCAAAGAUGAAGUGGUAAGCCUGAAGGAGGAGAGCUCCACUGUUCAGUCCCUAAAGGAUGAGUUCACCCAGCGCAUAGCAGAUACAGAGAGGAAGGCUCAGCUCGCCUGCAAAGAAAGAGACAUAGCCAAGAAGGAAAUAAAGGGCUUGCGUGAAGAGCUUUCUACAAGACUUAACUCCAGUGACACAAUGGAGAUCAUCAGAGAGAAGGAAGAGCAGAUCCGAGGCCUGCUGGAAGAAGGUGAAAAGCUGUCCAAGCAGCAGUUGCAGCACAGCAACAUCAUCAAGAAACUGCGUGUGAAGGAGAAGGAGAGUGACACCAAGAUCACCAAGCUACAGAAGAAAAUCAAGGAGCAGGACGAGGAGCUCAGGCAGUUGCAGCAGGUUCUAGAUGGGAAGGAGGAGGUGGAGAAACAGCACAGGGAGAACAUCAAGAAGCUGAACACUGUGGUAGAGCGUCAGGAGAAGGAGCUGAGCAGGCUGCAGACUGAAUCUGAGGAGCUGCAGGAGAAGAACAGGAGCCUGCAGGCUGCUUUGGACAAUUCUUACAAGGAGCUGGGAGAACUUCACAAGUUGAAUGCCAGCAGAGCCAGUGAGGCUGAAGAAGCAGCUCUUAGCAGGAACACGCAGGCCAAGGAACAGCUGAGCUUGGCUCUUGAGAAGGCCCAGGAGGAGGCCAGGAUUCAACAGGAGGCCCUGGCUGAUCAGGUGGCUGACCUGAGACUGGCUCUUCAGAGGGCUGAGCAACAGCAAGCGAGGAAAGAAGAUUAUUUGAGAGAGGAGAUUAGUGAGCUACAGCAGAGGCUUCAGGAAGCAGAGACAAGGAACCAGGAACUCAGUCAGAGUGUUACCUCAGCAACACGGCCCUUACUGCGACAGAUUGAGAACCUACAAGCUUCUUUGGGUGGACAGACGGCAUCCUGGGAAAAACUGGAGAAGAACAUCUCUGAUAGGCUAGCGGACGCUCAGACACAGCUGGCAGUUGCUGUUGAGAAGGAACGUUCAGCGACAGAGGAACUGCUCUCUAUCAAGUCCCAGCUGACCUCUCUGGAGUCCCAGAAUUCAUUGGUCCGCCAGGAGAAGGCCCGACUGCUGGCACAACUUGAGGCUGAGAAGAACAAGAGAGAGAAACUGGAGGAUGAGAGCAACAGGGAGCACGCUGAGCUGCAAAAUCUGCGAGGAGAACACAGUCGGAUGCUAGAGGAUGCAAAGAAAGAGAAGCUGCUGCUGACCAAUCAAUUAGAGAUGGAGAAGAUGAAGGUGGAGCAGGAGAAGAAGAAGAGCUACUUGGCACAAGAGGCACUCAAGGAGAAGGAGCGGAAGGCCAUGACCUACCCUGUUGGCGAGCCCCCAGCAUCCUCCACACCCUCCCUGUCUCGCUCCAGCUCAAUCAGUGGGGCAGACAAUGCUGGUCUGCACACUUCUGUUCUUUCCCAGGAUGACUCUUUAGACCAUUCACUCAGUACCAUGGCCAUGUCUGUGUCGAUGAGUGGGACCAACCUGUACGAAGCUGCCAGGCUUUCUGGAGGCUCCAACAUCAUAGAGAAUCUCCAGUCUCAGCUCAAACUCAGAGAAGGAGAGAUAGCACAGCUGCAGCUUGAGAUCUCCGGCCUCGAGAGGAGUCGUUCAGUGAUGGCAGAAGAGCUGGUCCGACUCACCAAUCAAAACGAUGAUAUGGAGGAGAAGGUGAAGGAGAUUCCCAAGUUGAAGGUUCAGCUCAAGGAUCUGGAGCAGAGGCACAACACCAUCCUGCAGAUGUACGGAGAAAAAGCUGAAGAGGCAGAGGAACUGAGACUGGAUCUUGAAGAUGUGAAGAACAUGUACAAAACCCAGAUAGAUGAACUGCUGCAGAACCAGAAAUAAACAGUUUUUUAUUACACUGUGUUACUUCUGGGACAUUCACAAACCAAUCAUUUGAUCAUCUUGGGCAUAUAAGCAUUCACAGGAAAUAUAGGGCAGAGAAAUCUGAGUUUAAUCACUGUCAAAAGAAAAUCCAUUUAUCUUUAUCUGUUAUGUUAUUUUAAAUAUUUUUUACAUAAUAUAUUUAAGUGGAGGAGUUGGGGUUAUGCAUAACAUACAUUGAAUCAUUAUUGAGGCAGUAUGAAGGAUUGCCACGGCUGUGAUUUGGGUGUCCAUUUGAAAUCUUUGGGAUCUAGUACCAACUUUAGACAUUAUUUCUCAUGACUAAAACCUUUCACUUAGUAUUGUAUAGACAGUAUAACUGUAGGAGAUGGUGAAGGUUAUUUGCACUAUACAAAUUCACCCUUGUUUAUUUCUUAAUACAUUAUAGAAUUUAAGAAAUAUAUAAAGAUAUUGUACAGAAAAAUGUAUGUAUUGUUCUUAACUCCUUACAAAUCACAGACCGAGACACAGUAGUUUGUGACUUAAGUCCUAUGAUUGGAUUUUAAACCAUAUACAUAUGUACAUUGAUAAACAUUUAUUUGGAUGGUGCAAAGUAUGGUUAUUCUUAUUUAACUUGUGCGGAAUCACGGUGGAAGUAGAAAUGGGAGUUUCAUGCAUUCACAGAAAAUAUUGCAUUUUCAUAUCAGUGCACAAAACUCUUCAAAUAAAGCUGAUUUUCUGAACAAUUUCA